AUGUGCGGUGACCCGAACGGAAAGGCCAGGGACAAGCCUGCGCGUGGGCAUUCUGCGCGUGCGCACAGCCAACUCCGUGCGGUGGCAGGUGGGAGGUGACUGGAGUAUGUCGGCCCCGUUUGAGGAACGCAGUGGGGUGGUUCCUUGUGGGACACCGUGGGGCCAGUGGUACCAGACCCUGGAGGAGGUGUUCAUUGAAGUUCAAGUGCCGCCAGGCACUCGCGCCCAGGAUAUCCAGUGCGGCCUGCAGAGCCGGCAUGUGGCGCUGGCCGUGGGUGGCCGCGAGAUCUUCAAGGGAAAACUCUUUGAUUCUACAAUAGCUGAUGAGGGAACGUGGACAUUGGAGGACAGAAAAAUGGUCCGUAUUGUUCUUACAAAGACAAAAAGAGAUGCAGCAAAUUGCUGGACCUCUCUUCUAGAAUCUGAAUAUGCAGCUGAUCCUUGGGUGCAAGACCAAAUGCAGAGAAAACUUACAUUGGAGAGAUUCCAGAAAGAAAAUCCUGGUUUUGACUUCAGUGGAGCAGAAAUCUCAGGAAACUACACUAAAGGUGGACCAGAUUUCUCAAAUCUUGAGAAAUAACUGCUAUUUUUUUUCUUUUGUAUUCCAUGGAUCCUUGCAGAUGCUGCCAACCUAAUCAAAGAAACAGAUUAUGUGGUAGAAGAAAAAUGUGGAUGCCUACAGUUAAUGAACUGCAAAAUACAUCUAAAAAUGGUUUUAAAUAGUGCAUUCAAAUACGGUUUUUAAAGGAAGCAUCUUAAGUAUGUGGGAACUAUUCUGUGGAUAUAUGGUAACCUUUUUGGACUUAUUUUUGCUUAGCAUGAGGUUUUAUAUGCUGCAUUUUACUAAUUUCAUACUUAACCUGUAUUUUUAAUACAAAAAAGCAUGCAGGUAUAGAUUAUGUAAAACAGCAGGGUGCUUUCAGAGAAAAUUAAGUUUUUCUUUCAAUAAGUACGAUGCAGGAAUAACAUUCAAUAAACUUUUCUGAAUAGGAAUUAUGUACCCGUUUGACUAAGUUUGUCAGUUCACAAACAAAAUUAUUUUACUGCAAAAAAAAAAAAAAAAUCACAAAUGUAUUUUGAGUAAGUUAAUUUUA